UUGGUUUAUCGCUUUUCCCCACUAGGAGAACGCUUUCCAUCAACGGCCACCAUUGUCAGAGUCGAACCUGGUGGUGCCGCCGACUUAAGUGGCAUUCGAGUAGGUGAUCGUGUUCGUGCUAUAAAUGGCCGUCCUGUACAGUCAAUGUCAUUUCUCGAGGCGUCCAACGCAGUCCGCGUAUCCAGCUUGCCUGCUGGUUUGUCCUACCACAAGCCACCUUCUUCUUCGGCUGACCAUUCCGAUCCUCGGCCCCACCGAGCAGGUUAUGAGGGGAUACCCACAACUUCUUUGUCAGACCAUGAUGUAAAUACGUCUGUCCCUCGAAUCAUUGUGGCCGAAGCGACGAAUUUCAACGUCGGUGAUGCAACUACUAGUAAUGCCGUCACUGAUGGUCCCAUCAGUAUCUCACGGCUAUCACCAACAUCGACUGAUCUGAUCUCAUCCCUUCCAUGUACAAAAAUGAAUCCAACACGUCUUUCGAUAUCCAUUUCAGACCGAUCAUCGAGUGUAGAUUGUCCCAGUACCCGAACCACUUUUGCGACCAGCACCGUGGCUUCGACCACGACUAAUAACACGAUGAGACGCACAUCUGCUCGACCUGUACCCUUGGCGAGACGUACCAGGACACCGCUUGCUGCGUUCAAUCAAUCACUGGAGCCUCAUCACACCGGUUCGAAUCAACUGGCAACCAUUGAAUUGGUCGCAUCGACUCCCAGUAACGUUCGAUCCACGUCAAAAGAAUGCACCAGUCCUGUUUCACCCUCAAUCAUCUUUGAUGGUCCGAAAUUGGUGGAAGAUAAAUCACCACAAUCCGAAAUCGGUACCAGCGGUGACUCCAUGCACGUCGUCGAGCCAGAUCAUCCAAAGGACGCAUCCCUUCUGGGAACCGUUCGGAUACGACAUUUGGACGCAAAUGUCACGAAAAAGGCACAUCGUCGGCAAACCUUCACUCGUGCUUGCCUGGACGGGAAUGAGGGUGAUAGCGGAAUGCCUCCCGUACGAUUUGUGCGUAAACGGGCCUAUGCUUCAGCUCGACAAGCUGGUCGUUUCGAUCAGUUCGCUGCAUUUAGUCUUUCACCGGAGGACGCUUGGCCGUAUCAGUCACCUACAUUGCCAGCUUCAGGGAACGCAGAAUCAAGUACCUCACCCUGCCAGCUUUUGCCAGCAAAUCCUCAGCCAUUACCUCCAUCCAACGUGCAUGUUGUGGAACCUAAAAUCACGCACUUGCCACGUCGACGUAGCUCGAAAGGCCAGUCGAACCGUCCAAGCACCAGCAUACGUCGUUCGAGAACAUCUGGUGAAUACCGGAAGAUAGAGGAUCCAGUUCCCCUCACCGUUGCAAUUUCCCGGGUGGAAGAGACCAAAGUAACUGAUAUGGCCCGACGUAGUCCAGAACAUGUAAACCUGGAUGUGAAAAGCGAGACGGUCUCUAGCCCUGACUCAGUCACACAAGUCAGUGAGUCGACAGAAAAACCCUCCGAGGCUCCAAUCAUGAAUGUGAGUCGAACGCAAGACCCGGAGGAACCGGCUGUUACGAAACCCAGUCGGCCUACUACUCGGCUAUGGGCUUCUUUCGACAGUGACCCGGAUGACAGUCCCUUCGAUUGGUGGAGUCGCGCGGGUGAAACUUAUCAACAAUUGGAUUUGGAGUACCAACGGCUCAUGAAACGUCACAGUCGGAUACAACAGAGACGGCGUCCGAUGAUAAGUGAACCGGGGAACAACGUCAGUCGCAGUUCGAACAAGGAGAACAAAACCAACAAAUCGUUUUCUUGGAAACCGUACUACAUGUGCAUCUCCGGCUCCGAGGUGCGUUUUAUCAAAGCCUCCACAUUUUCCAGUGGGAAUCGGAAAUCGAAGAGUGCUAAGCAGUUAUCAGACAUGGUAGCUGCCUCUCGUAAUCCCAGCCUACUCGAUUUGACGGAUGACAGUCGCACCUGGGAUGGUUCUCUCAAUUCCACUCGGUCUGGAUACAGCAUUUCCGAUGCACAAGCUGGACCUGUAUCCGUAACUUCCUCGUCGUGCGUGAUUCUCCCUCUCCCCGGGCUUAUUUGGGCCCGAGAAGGGGUACCACAAGAUUUGCCUCAUUGGCGUCCUCUGGCUCCAACGACCGUUGCACAACACACCCGAAAACCCAGUCCCAUUCCGGAUAUCAUGGAUCCUUUUUUCUCCGGGUUGUCUGAGCCCGGGGAACACAUGACCGUCUCUAUGCUUUCUGGGUCAGCUAAAACAACUAACAGCACGGAGGAAUCUGCGUUACGAGCCACCAUGCAGUGUUAUCGAUUCGCGCAUGUGGAUGCUGGUGUGGAGCUACUUUUCGUCUUUCCGGACAAGAACACCGCGAUGGCUUGUCUAAAAAUGUGUGAGAUGAAUGGUGGCCGUGAAGCGUCAUCGUUGGAUUCCAGAAUGUCAUCAGGCAAGUCGAUCGCAAUGAUUUGUCCGAGUUAUUCGGAAUGGAUUAACCGAAAACCGUACGAUUUGCUGUUUCUCGGCCGACCCCAAUCGCGUCUCGGUUCAUCGCUUUCCGAAAGUGUCAGAACGACAACUUCGGGCUACGCGGACAGACGCGAAUCAACCGGGCACUCCAUUAGACCGGAAAUCUCGCGUCCAGUCGCCACGCUUGUUCCAGUUCAACCGCUUCCCAGUUCGAAUACUCAGUGUAAAUUAACUGAUCGGCGCCAACGACGAUUGGAUAAACAAUCCGUCUUUUCCGAAGAUUCAGUUACUUGUACCUUGAGCAAUCCAGUCUCGACCGCUGCACUUCCACUGGAAGACCAUCCUCUUCUCCCAAUGUUGUCCACCAGUUCGACUGCUGAACCGGCGGAUUUAUCUGAUUUUGAAUCUCCCGGCGCUAUUUUCGGUGCAGCACUUGAAAAGCAAAUCCCCAGUCCGGAUCACGUGUGCGUUCCGGUUAUUCUGCAUGCUCUUGUACUCGGAUUGGAAACACACGGUCUACAAUUGGCCGGUCUUUAUCGCAAACCAGGUCGACAUCGUACUAUUGCACAAUUUGUCUGUGUCGCUAAUCUGGUUCCGGAAAACGUUGACCUUUUGCUCAAGUUGGACGCCUGGCGUGAACCAAAUGCCCUGUGUGGAUUGGUCAAACAGUUUCUCCGCCGCCUUCCCGUCGGGCUUUUCAUUUCCGCUACAUGGGAACCGUUAGCCUCCCUGGUCGACGGGCAUUCAUCGAACAAUCCCUCGCAAACGGCCUAUCUACUGCUGUCUAUUCGUGUGAAACUUCGCAAAUUGGCGUGUGAAGCUCUCGGUAUUCCUAGUGGCCACAUCAUCUCCAGUUCUGUGAAUAGUCCGGAGAGACCAUCUGAAACGGAACCUACCGCGGGUUCCCCGGGAACCGCCACGUGGCGUUGGGCCACUCUAUGUUUCUUGGUUGACCAUAUUCGCGAGGUGGUUGCCUAUCGCCACAUGAAUGAGGUGUCCUACCAGUGCAUUGCCAUCUGCUUCGGUCCGGUGUUUUUUGGAGAUUCUACCAAUCUCGCCCGACUGAACGGAGUUUUGGAAAACUUGUUCCGCCAUUGGCCUUGGCUCAUCCAGGGUCUGCCCUUGGUCACACAGGACACUCUCGGUUCUACCUCUACUCAUCUGGAAAAACCCUCUCCUGAUUACACGUUAGCUGAGGCAAUCGACUAUCUCACACAUUGUGAGUCGACUUCACGUGCCCACGUUCCUAGUCCGGAACAUUCCCCUUCGAUGGGACCGCAGAAAUCGCCGGACUCGAACGAGGCUACCACCUCAUCACCGACCACCACUCCUCCCUUCAGAUCAAAUGAAGAUCCGGAUGCGAGCGCGGAACGUCAUGAUCGUAAGCCACCAAAUUUUUUCAACUGGGUUGUUCUCCUGACCUCAUUGACUUGA